CUCACUUUCGCCCUUGCCCCGGCAGCGAGCUGUACUUCAAAGCGCCCUCCAGCGCCAAGGCCCGGGUGAUCCGGGAGGUGAAGGCUGACGCCAUCGGAAAGCUGGUGACCGUCCGGGGCAUCGUCACCCGCGUCUCUGAGGUGAAGCCUCGUAUGGUGGUGGCCACCUACAGCUGCGAUCAGUGCGGUGCGGAGACCUACCAGCCGAUACAGUCCUCCAGCUUCAUGCCUCUGCUGAUGUGCCCUAGCCGGGAAUGCCAGACCAACCGAGCUGGCGGCCGCCUCUAUCUGCAGAGCAGAGGCUCCAAGUUCAUCAAAUAUCAGGAGCUAAAAAUACAGGAGCACAGCGACCAGGUGCCAGUGGGGAACUUGCCACGCUCCAUCAGUGUCAGUGUGCAAGGCGAGAACACACGUCUCGUACAGCCAGGUGAUCACGUUAGUGUCACUGGCAUCUUUCUUCCUGUGCGGCAGACUGGCUUCCGGCAGCUCUUGCAGGGCCUUCUCUCAGACACGUACCUGGAGGCCCAUCAUAUUAUUUGUAUGAGCAAGAGCGAACAGGAGGAGCUGGGGGAAGCAGAACUCACCGAAGAAGAACUGCGGCAGAUUACAGAGGAGGAUUUCUAUGAUAAGCUGGCAGGCUCCAUUGCCCCUGAGAUCUAUGGCCAUGAGGAUGUGAAAAAGGCCCUGCUGCUGCUGCUGGUGGGAGGUGUAGACCAGAAUCCACGGGGUAUGAAGAUCCGGGGGAACAUCAACAUUUGCCUCAUGGGGGAUCCUGGCGUAGCCAAGUCUCAGUUGCUGUCUUACAUCACCCGGCUAGCACCACGCAGUCAGUAUACCACAGGUCGAGGGUCCUCUGGUGUGGGGCUGACAGCUGCUGUUUUGCGUGAUCCACUGACUGGAGAGCUUACCUUGGAAGGUGGAGCCCUGGUGUUGGCUGACCAGGGUGUGUGCUGCAUUGAUGAGUUUGAUAAGAUGCUGGAGUCUGAUCGCACAGCUAUCCACGAAGUGAUGGAACAGCAAACCCUCUCCAUUGCAAAGGCAGGCAUCCUGACCACGCUGAAUGCCCGCUGUGCCAUCUUGGCAGCUGCUAACCCUGCCUACGGACGUUACAAUCCCAAACGCAGCUUGGAGCAGAAUAUCCAGCUGCCUGCAGCCCUACUUUCUCGAUUUGAUUUGCUUUGGUUGAUCCAGGAUAGGCCUGACCGGGACAACGACCUACGUCUGGCCCAGCACAUCACUUACGUACACCAGCACAGCCGGCAGCCGCCUUGCCAGUUCCAGCAGCUGGACAUGGGCCUGAUGAGGCGAUAUGUGGCCACGUGCAAGCGAAAGCAACCGGCUGUGCCAGAAUCCCUGGCAGAUUAUAUCACGGCAGCCUACGUGGAGAUGCGGAAGGAGGCCCGGGCCAACAAGGAUACCACCUACACCUCAGCCCGCACCUUACUGGGUAUCCUUCGCCUGGCCACUGCCCUGGCACGGCUGAGGCGUGUGGACAUGGUUGAGAAGGAAGAUGUCAAUGAAGCAAUGCGCCUGAUGGAGAUGUCUAAAGAUUCUCUUUUGGUAGACAAGGGACAACCAAACCGGAUGCAGCGUCCCUCCGAGUUGAUUUUUGCAGCUAUCCGAGAACUGGUUCCUCCCGGAGGUACUCACGCUGUCCAGCUCACGGAGGCUGAACAGCACUGCGUGUCAAAGGGCUUCACCCCCACCCAGUUUCAGGCUGCUCUCAGCGAAUAUGAGGAACUCAAUAUCUGGCAGGUGAACCAGAAAAAGACCCGCCUCACUUUUAUUUGAUUAGGGUGCAUAGUGGCUGCUGCUGCUGGCUCUUAAAUGGAAGCUGUUAUUCUCUCAAUAAAUUGUCUGCAUCUU